AGUACCAUGAAGACCAACUCUGCAAAGCCAUCACUCACAGGAAGGCUGCUGGUGGGGACUGGAACAGCUCAGCCUUCUGUUACUUGAAUGUUACCAUGGCCACCUGGCUUCUUUGCUCUUUAGCCCUCUGUCUCCUGGGAGCAGGCUUUUCUGAUGACGAAGUUACCCAAGAGCCAAGACAUCUGGUCAAAAGGAAAGGACAGAGAGCCAAGAUGAGCUGUGUCCCUAAAGAGGGACACAAUGCUGUUUAUUGGUACCGACAAAAGCAAAAUGAAGAGUUGAAGUUUUUUAUUUAUUUUCUGAACAAAGAAGUUGUUGAACAACUAGACAUGGCCAAGACACGGUUCUUAACUGAAUAUACCUCAAACUCACCCUGCAGUGUGGAAAUCAAGUCAUCUGAGCUGGAAGACUCAGGCCUGUACUUCUGUGCCAGCAGUCAGUCCACAGCGCUGAAAUGCUCAUCCCCGCUAGUGCACAAACCCCGUGGACCCAAGUCAGGAAGCAGCAGAUGGGUUAGACUGGAAGGAAGCUUUUCUGAUGACGAAGUUACCCAGGACCCAAGACAUCUGGUCAAAAGGAAAGGACAGAGCGCCAAGAGGAGCUGUGUCCCUAAAGAGGGACACAAUGCUGUUUAUUGGUACCAACAAAAGCAAAAUGAAGAGUUGAAGUUUUUGAUUUAUUUUCAGAACAAAAAAGUUGUUGAUCAGAUAGACAUGGCCAAGACACGGUUCUUAGCUGGAUAUACCUCAAACUCAUCCUGCAGUGUGGAAAUCAAGUCAUCUGAGCUGAAAGACUCAGGCCUGGAAGCAAGGGCCGUGGCUUCUGGUGUUACUCAGACCCAAGGAACAGGGUCACACAAACAUGAUGAGCACUGUGUUGGAAUGUUCUCAGACCAAGGGCGAUAA